AUGGGUGACGUAGGAGAAAAGGGAGGAUCAACGAACGAAUGGAAAGCAUCGUCAGAUUCUUCAUUGUCAACGACGUCAAGGCAGAGUGCAAACCCAGUGCCGAAACCUCCAAGGGCUCACAUCCAACUCACCAGCAUCCCCGGGAAUGAAAUGUGCUGCGACUGCCGUUCACCUGGUCCUUGUUUGGCCAGCAUCAACCUGGGGAUGACUCUGUGCAUCGAAUGCUCUGGGAUACACAGGAGCAUGGGUGUGCACGUGUCCAAAGUGCGCUCCCUGACGCUCGACUUCUGGGAGCCGGAAAUACAGGUGAUGGCUGAACUGGGAAACACGGUCAUCAACAGCGUCUACGAGGCUCGUGUGGACGAAAACAUUGCUGUCAGGGCGACACCAAACAGCAGCAGGAGUGUCCGUGAGGCCUGGAUUAAGGCUAAGUACUCGCAGAAGGCAUUUGUGAAGCCACUUCUUGGAUCAGUGACCUGCCUGUCCCCACCACGUGAUGCGUCACGUGCAUCUCCAUUAUCAACACCGGUUUUGCGAAAAGCCACGCUCCCUCAGCGCUGGAGCGUUCGCAAAAUGCACCAUCGCAGGAGGACCGUUCAUGCACAAGACCAGUGUCAUGCGGAUGCAGGUGACACUGCUCUUGGGGUCGCCCGGCGUCACAGCAGCGCCGUCGCUUUGCCGGCCGACAAGUCCCCCGUCAGCAUCGAUGCCUUGUCUGUGAGCUCUGUAGGCUCGGAGAACCGCUGCAGCAAGGCCUCACAGGAGAGUGGGGUUGUCAUGAAGGAAGGCACCUCUCUGCCUCCUUCGGUUAAGGAGGCUGCGGUUGAGAUGUCCUCGAACCAAUCCGAGGACGACGUGUUCGUUUUUGGGGAAUCCCUCGUCCAGGUCAUGCCGCCGCCUUCAGAGCUGGAGCUGGACAGCGCAGAUGAGUCGGCGACACAGGACGAAGAGGACACAACCCAGGAAGAAGACAUGUCGAACCUGAGUCCCAGCUUGCUUCUGUACAGGGAAGCGGCUGCCCACAACUUGCCGGUGAUGUGUCUUGCCCUGGCGAAUGGAGCCGACCCAAACUGGCCCAAUCCAGAUGAAGGGGGUCGAUACCCUCUCCACCAGGCUAUACAGAGUGGCUCUAUCAUGGGCUGCGAGUUCCUGCUCCUGAAUGGUGCCAAAUCAAACAGCGCCGACGACAAUGGCCGCGCGUCCCUCCAAGGACAAGUGUGCCUUUUGCUGAAGCAUGGAGCUGAUCAGCACUCUCAGGACAAGGAUGGCGCAACAGCACUCAAGAUGUCUGUGGAUAAUGCCAACCCCGCUAUCGUCACCAUGCUCAGGCUCGCCAAGCUCAAUGAGGAGAUUCGCCGGGAUGAGUUUGGCAACCCAGGUGACGACACCUUCAUCGACGUUGUCCGAGACUUCUCGCACAUGGCCUCCGACAAUCCGGAGAAGCUGCGUCGCCAGCCAAGCAAGCACGCGGAAGUGCCCGAAACUGCAGAAGCAGCACUCACCCAUCCUGGCGGCAACCGGUCUGGCGAGACCG